AUGAAGUCAUCCUUACUCGCGGUUGCACUCUUUUCUCCCACUGUUCUUGCUUCAUAUAGCUUGGUCAAAGAGUAUUCCGGAUCUAACUUCUUCAAUGGUUGGGUCUUCUACGGGAAUUACGACAACACGACUGAGGGUGAUGUCGAAUACGUGAACCAGACCGCUGCGAUGAGCGACAAGCUCGCGUAUGUCACCAGCGGCGGACAGGCCAUCAUCAAGGUAGACAACACCUCCCUCGUGCCGUACAACGACAAGCGCAAUUCCGUCCGUAUUACAACGGAAGACUACUUCUCCGCCGGCAGCGUCAUCCUCUUCGACGCAACUCACCUUCCGUACGGAUGUUCCGUGUGGCCCGGAUUCUGGACCAAAGCCGCGAAGUGGCCUGAAGGCGGCGAGAUUGACAUCGUCGAGGGCAUCAACGGCAUGACGGCCAACCAGGUGGCUCUCCACAGUACUGCAGGGUGUAACUCGACAAGCACCGCGAAUGCCACCGGCACGAUUGGUAGCACAGAUUGUUCAGCUGCCGCCGGGUGCACCUACUCGAUCAACCAGGCGAACAGCUACGGCGCCGGGUUCGCCUCUGUGGGCGGAGGUGUCUACGCGACUCUCUUUGAAGACUCUGGUAUCUCCAUCUGGUUCUGGCAGCGCUCCUCGAUCCCGUCUUCUGUCACCAGUGCGAACACAUCCGUCGACACCUCCGACUGGGGCACGCCCGCUGCGUAUUACCCUAGCUCAUCGUGCGACAUCACCCAAUACUUCGAGCCCCAACAACUCGUGCUUGACAUUACGCUCUGUGGUGAUUGGGCGGGCCUUACGUCGAUCUACCCCGAGACGUGUCCCAUCGAUGGCGGUCUCCCGGCCAACGCAUCCUCUUGCUACCUCCAAAACGUAAUCAACAGCGGCAACCAGACCGCCCUCUCUGAGGCGUACUUUGCGAUUAACUAUAUCAAGACGUUCAACGCCAACGGUACCGUCGUCACACCCUCUGGCUCCUCAUCCUCCGUGAACCCAACGAACACCGCGGCCACCGGUGGUGGCUCUAGUUCUGGCUCUUCGGGCAGUUCCGGCUCUUCGGGCGCGAAGACCACUGGUUCUUCUGGUGCGAUCAUGAGCCGCGAGGCCGGCAUGGGCGCAUUGGUUGCCAGCAUUGCUGCGCUGUUCGCGUGGACUCUGCUCUGA